UCUUCAAAAACUAUUCGUAGACUUGAAUCUAUACAAAAAUUGGAAGAAAGUGAAGGUCUUUAUUUAUGGCGCAGACAUGAAUACAUUCAAUAUAGGGUUUUUAAUUAUGCAUCAUAUAUUUGAUAGCCUUGUUGAACCUCUUAGAGGAAAAAUCCUGAUCACCACAACCCGUUGGGACUUCACAACUGGUAUUUACUGGGCAGGUGAUUACUUUCCCACUGAAGGCAUCCAUAGCAUCUUUUCCUUUCUUAUGAAGAAAAAUCAAAUGAUAAAGAAUGAUGGAUAUCUGCAGUCGGAUUCCACCAUGGAAAUUUUUGCAAAGAACUCCUUCCUGUGUUCUUACACCAAGGAUGCUUUUUCGGUAAAAAUCUGGAGACGAUGCAAAGAGAGAGAAGAACUGGACGUACUGAGAAAAGUGGAGACAGAUCCUGUUCUGGCUCUGAACAGCUAUUUCAUUUACAACACAAUCUGGGCUGUGGCACGAGCCAUAAAUGCCGCUUAUUUAUCCAGAUCCAGGAGGACAACAUAUAAAGGGCGUCAAAACAUGAAAAAUCAAAUGCUGAAAGCAUGGCAGCUUCAUCCUUUCCUUCGAACCUCUCAGUUUUAUAAUAAUUGUAUUGAUGGGGUAUAUUUGAAUGAGAAUGGAUUGCUGAUAGCAGACCUGGACAUUGUGAACUGGAUAAUAUUCUCCAAUAUGUCUGUCAGCAGAGUGACCAUUGGGAGUCUAGAAAGACAGGGAUCCUUGGAUUUCACGUUGAUGAUGAACCUGAAUGCUACUGCAAAGAUGGAAAUGCUGAACAAGCCCCUGCCCCCUUCCAGGUGUGUGGAAAGCUGCCCUCCAGGAUUCAUGAAGGUGGCUCAGGAAGGGAAGCCCAUCUGCUGUUACAAUUGUCAUCCAUGUGCAGAAGGAACCAUCUCCACCGUGGAAGAUCAUAGGACACUUCAGAACAUCAUUCAUGCUCUGCUCACUACAGAGCUUGGCUGCUCUACAUGGGACUGCCCUUGAAAACCACUUGGGAACUUCAUGUGGUCCAGAUUACAGUGGAACAGACAAGUGAUAAGCAUGCCUCAGUACACCCAUCUUACACCUGUCCUUCAUGAACUGUACUGGUUCCCCUCAGGGUAAAAACUUGGAGAAUGUGAGUUCUAGCCCUACCUAAUAUACAAAUGCAACUGGGUGACCUUGCACCAGUCAUUCUCUCUCAGUCCUAGGAAGGAGGCAAGGGAAAACCAUCUCUAGAACCUUUGCCAAGAAAACUGUUUAGGUAUCAAUCGUCAAAACCAAUUUGAAGGCACACACAUAUAGAAAGGGAAGGGAAUGGGCACAGAAGAACAUAGAGUAAUGGAGUCGGAAGGGACCUUUACAGAGUCUCAACAUCUUUUCUGAAUUGUGGUGACCGGAACUGGAUGCAGUAUUCCAAGUGUGGUCUUACUAAGGCUUUGUAAAGUGUUAUUAAAACUUCAUAUGAUCU